GGUCGGAGGAGGCAUGCGCAUGCGCAGGGCUGGCGGUUUCAGCCUCUGCAGAUCUCGGAGUUCCUUCCCCUAAAACACCAUUGCCCUCCCAAGACCUUCUUUCGGGGAGCUCUGGAGAUAGAUCUUUGUAGCUCUACUGCCUGAACAUAGUGAUGCAUGUCCAUAGAGUUGUACUGAAUUCUCGACCUGGAAAAAAUGGCAACCCAGUGGCAGAGAAUUUCCGUAUGGAAGAGGCUAAUUUACCAGAUAAAUUAAAUGUGGGACAAGUAAAAGUCCGAACUCUUUAUCUCUCUGUGGAUCCGUAUAUGCGUAGUAGAAUGAAUGAAGACACUGGUGUUGACUAUAUAAAACCUUGGCAGCUGUCUGAAGUGAUUGAUGGUGGAGGUGUUGGAAUUGUAGAAGAGAGUCAACAUACAAAUUUGGCUAAAGGCGAUUUUGUGACUUCUUUUAAUUGGCCCUGGCAGACUAAAGCUAUUUUAGAGGGAAAUACCCUUGAAAAGGUAGACCCACAACUUGUAGAUGGACACCUUUCUUACUUUCUUGGUGCUAUUGGUAUGCCAGGAUUGACUUCUUUGCUUGGAAUUAAAGAAAAAGGUCAUAUAAGUGUUGGAUCCAACCAGACAUUGGUUGUCAGUGGAGCUGCAGGUGCUUGUGGAUCAUUGGCUGGCCAGAUUGGCCGUUUGGAAGGCUGUUCCAGAGUGGUGGGAAUUUGUGGAACAGAUGAGAAGUGCUCCAUCUUGGUCUCAGAACUGGGCUUUGAUGCUGCAAUUAAUUAUAAGAAAGGGAAUGUGGCAGAAGAACUCCGCAAGGUGUGCCCAUCUGGAGUGGACGUUUACUUUGACAAUGUUGGUGGUGACAUCAGCAAUACUGUUAUACACCAGAUGAAUCAGAACAGCCAUGUUAUCCUCUGUGGCCAGAUUUCUCAAUACAACAAAGAUGUGCCUUAUCCUCCCCCAUUGCUGCCUGAAGUAGAGUCAGUUCUGAAAACAAGAAACAUCACAAGGGAAAGAUUUCUGGUGUUGAAUUCUAUGGACAAAUUUGAGUCUGGAAUUCUACAACUAAGUCAGUGGUUUAAAGAAGGAAAAUUAAAGAUCAGAGAGACGGUGAUCAAUGGCUUGGAAAACAUGGGAGUUGCCUUCCAAUCUAUGAUGACAGGAGGUAAUAUUGGGAAGCAAAUCAUUCAUAUUUCUGAAUAAAAAUCUCUGUCCUUUCAUUGGAUUACACAUGGUCAAGAACAUCAAGCAGAUUUCUUUUCAGUUUUAACAAGAUUUCAAAGUCUGUUAAUAGAUUUAUAAGAUUAAUUAAACUAACUUUUUAUUUUGUCUCACUUUAUUUCAUAUUUGCAGCUUUGGUGAUAGCUUUAAUGAUAAUUAUUUCUUCCAACUUAAUGUAUCCUAUGUAUAACUAAUUAUAGUGUAACAAAAGGUCACCAUUUUUCAUUUUCUUCUAAGAGCUAGCAUUAUCUAUGAUGUUUGUAUUAGAUAUUUUGAAUCCACAAAAGAUUUUAGUACUGUUUUUUAAUAUUCAGAAUAAAACAAUAGUUGAGAACUUACUUUGUGCUAGAACCUUUUGGACAUCCUUCUCAGGUAGCUUUUUUUUAGUGCCAAUUAUUGACUUUUGGAAUCUGGUGGGAACAAAGUUCUUGCUACUUUAUAACAAUAUUAAGACUUCCUGAGAAAGUCAACCUUGACAGUAUUCAGUUUGUUCAGAUGUGUUUUGUCUUAAAGAAGAUUAAACUCAUUUCUAAGUACUUUAAGAUAUAAAGAUCUGAUUAGAGCAUAAAGACACUUUCUUUUUGAACCUUAUGAUGUUUUGUAACAUUGUAUCUCACUAAGUGUACUUUACUGGGCCAUUAAGAAAUUCUGGGAGCCGCAUUUUGAUUAUAUUGUCAUUAAAAAGGGGGGAAAAAUUAUGACAAUGCAGGUAGCCUUUUAAUUUGUAGAAAAUGUUAAACUGCAUUGAAACAUAAGAUGAAAUGAAUGGGAAAGUGAUUUGUGAAUUAAUUUUAGACUCAGACUUAUGACCCUGAUUCCUCUGCUAUAUCUUUUUACAAAUCAUCUUGAGCUGAAGGGUUUUUGAAGUCUUUAAAAUUAGGAAAAGUACAGGAAUUAUAGAUACUUAUUCUUUGGUUACUUUUGGGAACAGGACACAGAAUUGCAUCUGGGAACAGUGGAGCUUAUAUU